AAAGUGACAGCCAGCGAGGGAAUACCUGUUGAAUUCGUUGACUAUUUUGACCAAUAUAUUUAUUUAUUACGUGUACUAUAACGUCAAAAUACUUUUAAUUUGUGCAAGUGCCCAUAGGUUUACUAAACCGUGCCAUUUGUGGGCGAGACGCUCUGCGAAGCGCAGAUUGUUUAGUGUAAAAACGUCAGAAGUGGCGAGAGCGGUGACAUUUGCCAACCCUUGAUGUGUGUGUCUGCUCGCUGUACUACAGUACUGGCAUUCAGGUGCUAGCGAAUUGACUUACGCGGCCAACACACAAGAUGUCGGGCGACGAGACCUCUCUUAAAGGAAAAUUAACUAUUUGUUUACAAAUUGGACUUAUCAGAGAGCAGGUGACAUUCGAGGGAGAAAUAACUCUGGGAAGUUUAAAAGAUUUGGCUUGUGUUUUCGUUGAUAAGAAGUUCCCUGAGCAUGGUUUAUAUAAUCUGAUAGAUAAAAUAUUACUAUUCAAACAUGAUUCAGAAAGUGAAAAUGUCUUACAGCUCAUUACCGCGGCUACAAGUGUCACUGAAGGAUGUCUUAUUGAUGUCAUUCUUUCAGAAGCUGCCACAAUGGAAGAUUUACAGAUUCGACCUCACUUGAUGUAUGUACAUUCUUAUAAAUCACCUCAUUUUUGUGAUUUCUGUGGAGAACUUUUAUUUGGUCUGGUCAAGCAGGGUUUAAAAUGUGAAGGAUGUGGCUUAAAUUUCCAUAAACGAUGUGCUUAUAAAAUCCCUAAUAAUUGUACCAACAACAGAUAUAGACGUCAAUCUUCAGGUAGCGUGUCAUCGUUACCAUUUACACUUCCUCGUCAAAUACAACCAGUUUAUGACAAUCAGUCUUUGCCGUCACCAACUUUAACGAGUGCAUCUUUUUCGUUACCGCGGCAAUAUCAGCCCCCGGAUGCGCAGAAUCAUCUCAAUGUUUCAAGUUCUGGCUGUCCUCCUUCUCCAGGUGGACCUGGAAGCCGUACAAAGUCAUGGAGUGGUCGUCCUGUAUGGUUGGAAAGAGAGUAUCGCAAUCGUAUAAAAGUUCCACAUACUUUCAUCGUUCAUAAUUAUACUCGACCUACUGUUUGUCAGCUGUGUAAACGUUUAUUACGUGGAUUAUUUAGACAGGGUAUGCAGUGUAAAGACUGUAAAUUUAACUGUCACAGAAAGUGUUCACCAUUAGUGCCUAAUGAUUGUGCUGGAGAAUUACCUUAUAAUGCUGCAGAUGCCUAUGAAGCUAUCGAACCUUCAGAUACUGACAGUCUGGCUCCAACAGAAACAUCAGAAAUAUCAGAAACACCCUCAGAAUUUCCUGAGGAGGAAGAAUCUCUACCUUUACUUGACAUUGGUGAAGAUGCUGAUAACGAUGACAUAGUUAGAAAACCACCUCUAAGCCCAACGCAGAGUAGUAAUAUUCCAUUAAUGAGAGUUGUACAGUCCGUUAAAUUGACAAAAAGAACUGGUUCGAAGAUAUUAAAAGAAGGUUGGAUGGUACAUUUUACAAAUAAAGACAACACUAGAAAACGUAGAUAUUGGAGAUUAGAUUCUAAAGUUAUUACUCUAUUUGCUAAUGAAACAUCUAGUAGAUAUUUUAAGGAAAUACAACUCAACUCAAUCACAGGAAUUGAAGCUUUAAAGAUUAAAUCAGGUACUGAAUUCAGCCGACCUCCACAUGUAUUCGAGAUUCGUACAACAUCCUUCACUUAUUAUGUUGGUGAAGAUAUUGGUUAUGGUCAGAGUAACACUAACACUGUCUCGUCACCAGAGAGUGGAAGUGGUCUGGAGCAGGCCAAACAUUGGGAACAUUCUAUUCGUCAAGCCUUGAUGCCUGUCACCAGUUCUAGUAAUGCUGCUGAUGAUGGUACAACAAAUGGAGAUUCUGGAUCCCAGUCUAACAAACCUGCUGACAUCAGUACCUUAUAUCAGAUAUUUCCAGAUGAUGUUCUUGGAUCCGGACAAUUUGGUAUUGUCUAUGGAGGACGUCAUCGAAAGACUAAUCGUGAAGUAGCUAUAAAAGUUAUAGAUAAGAUGAGGUUUCCAACUAAACAGGAAGCUCAACUUAAAACGGAAGUAGCUAUUUUACAGAAUCUCCAUCAUCCAGGAAGUGUUAAUUUAGAGCAGAUGUUUGAAACUCCUGAAAGGAUUUUUGUAGUAAUGGAGAAAUUAAAGGGAGAUAUGUUAGAGAUGAUAUUAUCAAGUCCGAAAGGUCGACUCAGUGAACGCAUUACCAAAUAUCUUAUUUCUCAAAUUUUAAUGGCAUUGAAACACCUCCAUUCUAAAAGCAUUGUACAUUGUGACUUAAAGCCAGAAAACGUCCUUUUAACAACAGAAACAGCUUUUCCUCAGGUAAAAUUAUGUGACUUUGGUUUUGCAAGAAUUAUUGGAGAAAAGUCAUUUCGACGUUCUGUAGUUGGUACACCAGCCUAUCUUGCUCCAGAAGUUUUAAAGAGAAAGGGGUAUAAUAGAUCGUUAGAUAUGUGGUCUGUUGGGGUAGUUAUAUAUGUAAGUUUAAGUGGAACAUUUCCAUUCAAUGAAGAUGAAGAGAUCAGUGAUCAGAUACAGAAUGCAGCCUUCAUGUAUCCACCUAAUCCCUGGAAAGAAAUCUCACAGGAAGGAAUUGAUUUGAUAACCAAUCUACUUCAAGUGAAAAUGAGAAAACGUUUUACAGUAGAUAAAUCUCUCUCACAUGUUUUCUUACAGGACUAUCAGUGUUGGUGUGAUUUACGUGUCCUUGAAACUAAUGUGGGAAUUCGGUUCCUUACCCAUGAAUCAGACGAUGAAAGAUGGGAGAUGUAUAGAAAAGAAAAAAAUCUAAAACAAUGGACAGAAAUUGGGCAGAAAGGAGUGAAUGAGAAGUAUGAAUUUAGCAGAUGUCGUGAAAAGCAUGAAAGGCAUGAUCGACACAACACAAAUAAUGCACACCACUGAUGUCAGUUCUUUCGUUAGUUCUGUGCUUGUGUAUUUUUUAUCCAUGUAGCAAUGUAACUGCUGAUUCUAUUGGUCCAUUUCCAUGUACUGUCAGAAUCAUUCUUUGGUUAGAGUGGAUAUUUCUAUUUGUGUCUAACUUUAUUCCAUUGUUGAGUGUGGUUGGUGGUCUUUAUUAUUGGCAUCCUGAUUGGCUGAUUUUAUAAUGCUGAUUUGGUGAGAAAUACCUCUAAAUAUAUGACCCGAGGAGGUUAUUUGGCUGACAUAUUUAUUAUCUCAUUACAAAUAGCAAAUUGUAGCCGAAUCUCAAUUGAGUAGUUCUGCUCACAGAACGCAAAUAUGCUAAUCAUGAGAAUUUCAAAUUAUACGAUUUUCAUAUUGUAAAUCAUGUUAGAAAUUGAAACACCUCUCUCAUGACUUUGAUUUAUCUUCCUAUUCUUAAUUUGAAUGUCUUACAGCACCUACAGUUUUUAUAUGUUUAUAUGGCUAUUUUUACAAGUGGUAUUUAACAGCAGGCCCUAGAGUUCACAAAGCAUUCUCAGACUUAAGUUAAAGAUACAUUCUGGGAGAUUUUAAUAGAGAGUUGGCCAUUCUUGCUAUAACAGUUCAAAAAUAGAUGAUGAAAGAAGAAUUUAUUGAAAAUUUCAGUCAAAUUACUUUAUUCUGAACAAAGUUAUCACUAUUGUAAUUUUUGACUAGAAAUGGGAGUCAAUUCUCUCUUCACCGUCUCCGAGAAUAGACCAUCGUUUGAUUGACAAGCGUUAACUCCGCCUACAUAAUCUCGAUUAUCAAGUAACGUUUUCAAUGGCUGUGGUUUGAGAGGGGGUUGCAAUUCAAUUCGUAUCACAUUUAUUUUUACUAAAAAUUAAAAAUAAGACUUUUAAUAUAUAGAUAAGAAUGGACAAAAUCAAUGAGGCAUAAUUAUAGCCGACUUCUUGUUAGCCUGCGUGUUCUCUUGUACUGUAACUGGUAGGCCUGCGUAACUACCGAACAUUGAUCCAAUGGAGCUGGAAUUCAACUGGGGUGAUGUUAGCUGCGAUGUUUAUCAAUUUCUAUAGUUUUUUCUGUAAACGCAAGUGACAAAAGAGCGUAGCCUAUAAUACCGACAUCCAAACUCUCAUUUUAACCACAACUAAACAUAAUAUCAAGGCCGUAUACAUGUAUAUCGAACUUUCAAUCAAAUUGACUGACAUGCGGCCUCGCUCAACAGCGGUUUCGCUUCGUACAAUCUAUCAUUUAGCCUCGAUCUAAAAUUAUUUCCGGGAGUAUGACGUCAACGUAACGGUUAAUCUCCGCUUACGACGCCAUUUAAAAAUUUAAUCAAUCAACGAGAUCCUGUUUAAAUCCAAGCCGAAUCCAAGCCAUCCAUGGGUCUACAGAGUUGAUUUUGUGCUUGUUGUGUAAAUAAAGAUCUAAUUUAUAAUUUCUAUGACAUCUGAAGCCUAAAUAAAGACUUGCAAUAAUCAGAUUUAGCUCUUGCAUAAUGUAUGUUUAAAAAUUUACUCAAAAUUCUUCACCUUAUUUUAACCAAAAUAUAGCUCUUUAUAAAACUUUUGUUGUUUUAAUGUAUCAAAUACAUCAAUAAGAAACUAUGUGCAAAGGUUUGUGUUUCUGGGUCAAAGAUAUUUCUCAUAAACAGUGAUUGAAAGUUGAAUGUAAUUCUUAACUUAAGUCUGAGAAUGCUUUGUGAACUCGGGGCUCUGGUAUCUUUCAAUAGAACAUCAUGAUAUUUAUAACAAUUAAACCAGAUUUAAAAACAUGCAAUGAUCUUUGAGGAGGGUGUAUGUAAAAAGUUGCAGAUUUUUUUUUACCAAAAUGGUUCAGUUGUCAAAGAUAUGAUGAUGUUUUGUAUUGUACUGUUAUUGUGGUUAUAUGUAGCUUUACUAUGACUCUAUUUUUGACUUUUAGUGUUUUCGAUUUCUUAUUGUCUGUAUUUCUAUACUGACUAGUUACUUUUAAACAGUGAUUAGACUAGUGAAGAGGAUAGCAAUACAGAUUUCUGUGUUAUUAAAUUCUAUAUAUGUCUAUUUCUUAUACAACACUGACUUGUCUUAUAUACAUCCCAAAAAUACAAAACUCAUAUCAAAAGUCCCACAAUUGUCAUCCAGUUAUCCUUGAUAGUCAAUUUUUGCGUUUUUGGUAUCUUUCUUUGAUGAAGAUUUCUUAGCAUUUUUGAAGAUUCAAAUUAAAAAGUUCGAGCUACAGUACAACUACCGGUAAAUAGUUUCAUCUUGCAAGAUCGUGAAAGUUAUAUGCUGAUAAUAUUCUAUACUCCAGCCUGGUAUGAUUAUGUACUUAAUAUUAAUUAACAAAUCACAGAUGUCGCCAAGUGAACUGAUAAUUAUGCUGAUAAUAUUCUAUACUCCAUCCUGGUAUGAUUACGUACUUAAUAUUAAUUAACAAAUCACAGAUGUCGCCAAGUGAACUGAUAAUUAUGCUGAUAAUAUUCUAUUCUCCAGCCUGGUAUGAUUACGUACUUAAUAUUAAUUAACAAAUCACAGAUGUCGCCAAGUGAACUGAUAAUUAUGCUGAUAAUAUUCUAUACUCCAUCCUGGUAUGAUUACGUACUUAAUAUUAAUUAACAAAUCACAGAUGUCGCCAAGUGAACUGAUAAUUAUGCUGAUAAUAUUCUAUACUCCAUCCUGGUAUGAUUACGUACUUAAUAUUAAUUAACAAAUCACAGAUGUCGCCAAGUGAACUGAUAAAGACACAUACAGACUAAUGCCGUAAUGGUGUGAUGAAGAAGAUAUAUAUUGUGUUAAAUCAUGAAUUGAUGCAGAGAUAAUGACCAUACAUUUAAUUUAUACCAACUGCUAUAAGGAUUACAGUUAUGACUGUUUUAUCCCAUAUGAGAAAACAAGAGCAAGCAUGGAUUACUUCAAAUGAUGGUCUGGUUUGAUGAACCUUAUGAAAAUGUAAAGAAUUCUAUUUUUGUUGCAAAUGUCACAGAACAGAUGAAUCUAUUGCCAUGAUGAACAUUUGUUUAUCAUUGCCUCAACUUUUCUGAACAUAACAAUUACAGCCAUUAGAGAUGUUAUCUACAGUCUUUUAAUUAAGGCACCGGCUACAGCCAUUGUCAAGUAAAAACACAGGCUUUGUCAGGUACAAUGCCUGUUAUGCCAGUCAUUUUAUCAGGUAUUAAUUCAUUAUCUAUUUGUCUUUUAAGUAUGGUUAUAGUAAAGCUACAUUUUACACGUUAUCAUAGUUUUUAUAAGUAAUUCUAUUAUUUUUACAUACUCAAGUGUGAUAAUUUGUUGCAUUCGUUUAAAAAUUCUGAAUUAUUAUCAUGAUCCAGACUCAUAAAGUGCCUCAGACAGGCAUCAUAUUGUCAUCUGACUUUUACUAUAUCCAACAAUUUGACAGUGGUUUAAUGGACAAUAUUGGUGUCAGUCAUUAUCACAUAUGUGAUAGAACUGGUUUAACACGUUCCAAAUAUAAUUUUAACACAGAG